AUGGAUGUGAAAAACGCAUUUCUCCAUGGCGAUCUAGAAGAAACGGUGUUUAUGAAACAACCACCUAGGUGUGUUCUGCCAAGACCAAAUGCAAUUUGUCGUCUUCGAAAAUCCCUCUAUGGCUUAAAACAGGCUCCCCGAGCUUGGUUUGACAAAUUUCGAUCCACGAUUCAAAUUGCGGGCUUCUCUCAGAGUUUUUCAGACCAUUCUUUAUUUCUUUGUAUUUCUCCAGUAGGUCUCACAAUACUUCUCAUCUAUGUUGAUGAUAUCAUUAUCACAGAAAAUGAUUCAGAGAAUAUUACUAAGUUGAAAGAAUUCUUGCAUACCUCAUUUAAGAUGAAAGACUUGGGACGUCUGACAUACUUUCUUAGACUUGAGGUUUUAUACUUGCCUACUGGGAUCAUGCUUACACAACAAAAGUAUGCUCGUGAUCUUGUUGCAAGGGCUGGUUUUACUGAUGACAAGGUUGUGUACACCCCAAUGGAGAUUAAUACAAAGUACAAGGAGGUUGAUGGAGAACCAUUCAAUAAUCCAACAUUGUAUCAACAGUUGGUGGGAUCAUUAGUUUAUCUCACUAUGAUAAGGCAAGACAUCUCAUAUGCAGUACAAGUUCUAAGUCAGUUUGUGGUUAAUCCUUACCGUAUACAUCAUACUACAUUACUUCGUGUCAUUCAAUAUGUUCGUUGUUCUAUGAGUCAAGGUGUUCUUUUUCAUUCUAAUUCUUCUAUACAUCUUGAAGGAUAUACUAAUGCAGAUUGGGCUGGUUGUACUAACUCUCGUCGCUCUGCUAUUGAGGCUGAGUAUCGUGUCAUGUCGGGAGCAAGUUCGGAAAUUAUUUGGCUACGAUGGCUAUUAUCUGAGCCCAAUGUCGCUAUUACAUCUUACUCAGUGCUAUAUGUUGAUAACACUAGUGUGAUUAAAAUAGCCACAAACCUGGUGCAACAUGAAACCACAAAGCAUAUAGAGGUGGACUGCUAUUACAUUCGAGAAUUUGUUAUCGAUCAUUUCAUUACUCUACAACACAUUUAUUCUCAUGAUCAACUUGCUGAUUUGUAUACAAAGGCGAUGACACGAGCAUGA